UGUGAGAAGUUGCUCAUUUUAGUAGUGGAACAGAACAGCCGACGUACGGAGCAGCACCAGCAGCAGCAGCCAGUCCCGUGUACUUCUUUUUCUCCGGUGAACCCAGUCCGUACCAACCCGCUGCCAAAAUGGCCCUGAGCGACGCAGAUGUCCAGAAGCAGAUCAAGCACAUGAUGGCCUUCAUCGAGCAGGAGGCCAACGAGAAGGCGGAGGAGAUCGACGCCAAGGCCGAGGAGGAGUUCAACAUCGAGAAGGGCCGCCUGGUGCAGCAGCAGCGCCUCAAGAUCAUGGAGUACUACGAGAAGAAGGAGAAGCAGGUCGAGCUGCAGAAGAAGAUCCAGUCCUCGAACAUGCUGAACCAGGCCCGUUUGAAGGUGCUGAAGGUGCGCGAAGAUCACGUCGCCAGCGUGCUGGAGGAGUGCCGACGUCGGCUGGGCGAGGUCACCCGCGAUCCGGCCCGCUACAGCGAGGUCCUGCUGGCGCUCAUCACCCAGGGCUUGCUGCAGCUCAUCGAGGCCAACGUGGUGGUGCGCGGUCGCCAGGCCGAUGCCCAGCUCAUCCAGAACGUGCUGCCGGCCGCCGUCGAGAACUACAAGAAGGCGUCCGGCAAGGACGUCGUCGUCACGCUGGACACGGACCACUAUCUGCCCGAGGGUUGCACCGGCGGAGUCGACAUGAUCACGCAGUCCGGACGAAUUAAGAUCUCCAACACCCUGGAGUCCCGACUGGAGCUGAUCGCGAUGCAGCUGAUCCCCGCGAUCCGUAACGCCCUGUUCGGUCGCAACAUCAACCGCAAGUUCACCGACUAAGCAGCUCGUUUUUCAUCACAUACACAGUACAGUUUUUUCCGCAAAAUAUUUCGUCAUUUUUCCUGUUCAAAAUUUUUAAACCGCCAGAAAUUCAAGUUUAUGCUAUCGCAAACGGAAAAUGGUACAUACACCUACACAGACACACACGCAACUUACAAGCAAAAAACCCCCCAUUAAUGUUAAAAAAGCGCGCGGUCCUCCGGUGGCCACGGCCGGGAAUCCGGAAAAGGCACGCUCGCGCGUCCAGUCGUCACUACUCAAAACCCCCAAAGCCGUUCUGGCUGUUGAAGCGCGCCGCCCGAAACGCCAUCCACCAUCCGGGGCCGUGCCGUGUGUUUCUUGGCCGGAACUUGGUCACCGUUGGCGCCGUGGCGUUCCCUUAUUUCUAUUCUAGGUUUGUUAUUCUUACUUAGUUUGUAAGCGCAAAUGUUUUUUUUUUAGUUCUCAGAUGCAUGAUUUAUUAGGAUUAGACAAUGGCAAAACGUUAAUUAUUCAAAUAUAUACAAUAUUUUUUUGUUAGAGUCGUAAGGUUAAGGCAACGUUGUUUGGACAAACACUAACCUACUUUCGUAAAAAGCGCGGAAUAAAAACAUUCCUUCGUUUAAUGUUUAAAAAAACUAUUUGGCACCUCGUGUAGAGAGAGAGCACCACACUACUAACCCCCCACAGAAAAAAAAUUAUCUUGAUUUCUUUAUUGCACCACACAAGCUAGACAAAAUUCUCGGUUUGAUUAGACUUUCGAUCGUCUGUAGUUGUUACCCACGAAAAAAAAAGAGGAAAAUUUAUUGAAUUCAAGUCAUUUCGGUAGACGCUGCUUGAGAAAUUCGAAAAAAAAAACCAAGCCGAUUCCUUUCGCCACAGCAUCUUGCUUUACUUACACCGGAUUUCGGUUAAAAAAAUCCGCUGAACGUCGAAGCAAUGGCGUUUGGAGUUUGGCUAGGAAAGCGAAUUUUCUCUGCACCAAAAUAAAAACAUCUUGGUGAAGCAGAUUCCACAAAAAAACGUGUGUCGUUGAAACAUCUUUGAAAAGUAUCGGUGGAUGUGUUACAAACAACACCAAAAAGGGUACGAAAAAGCACAAAAUCGCGAAAAGAGAAAAAAGUGUGUGGCAAAAGUUCUCAAUCAAACCGACGCGUCCUCGUCGAGGAAGAGUGUUGAAAAAUAAAGAAAUCAGUAUUGCUUCAAACCUUUUGUUUUUCUUUAAUUUUUGACUUUCCGUUCAAUCAACACAAGUUUUAAUCAUGAAAUAACUAGACUUAACCGUAAGAAUGCUAGUAAAAAAACAAACAAGUAUAUAAAAGAUAAUAUUAUUAAAAUAUAUAAAUAGAUAUUGUUGUAAUCGUAAUGAAUAUAAAUAAUAGUUAAAGAAACAGAUACUUUAAUCUAAAACAAAAAAAAAAGAUCAAUAAUACAUCAUAAAAAUACAAGCAAAAAAAAAACACCUAAGCUUAACAACAUCAAAGCUGCAGUUUGGGAGAUGCUUUUCGUGAAAUUAGCAACAACAAGAAAAAAGAUGUCAAAGUAGAAUGGACCACCUUAAAAAAAAGAAAAUCCGGUAAAGACGCGAAUUAUACUUUGAAUAGUCGAAAUCAUUGAAAUAGACAACCAACAACAAAUCACCUUAGGCGUUAAUUGUACAAUUUGUGAGCAAACAUAAAAAAAACAGGCACACUUACACAACACAUGCAAGGGUCACACAAACACACACAAUUUCAUCAAACAGACAAAAAACUACAAAAACAAACUAUUUAAUGGAGCUAUUGUAUGUGGAGAUUGAAACCAGCUGUGUAAAAGUAUAUAAACAGGACAAAAUCAUUAAAUAAAACAAAAAAACACAAAAAAAUCAAGUGGUAUGGGAUGAAGAACCGAUCCUGUAGGGCAGAAGA